AUGGCUUUUGCAGAAAAUGCUGGUUCUGAUAAAAUCGGAAAGUUUGCUAGAUUCCGAAAGCUGCUUACCGAUAUCGAUAUAUUAAGUCGUAGCGAGUUGCGGCGAGUUCGAGAGGAGAACGACAUCUUAAGCGAGAAAAAUGAAAAAAUGCAGCAGAAUAUAAGGUUAAACAACACAAACGAACAAGUAUUGCAAGAGAAUCACAAAGGUAUGGCCACCAUGAUAAAUCAAAUCGAGCACGAAUUCUUUGAUCUGGAAAGUGAACAUGAGCAACUUCGAACAGAGAACACCGUGAAGAGCUGUCAAGUUCAGCAGCUUCAGAAAGACAAGAAUGAGUUGAGCAAUGAAAUGGAAGAAUUCCGACGAGAAAUUGAUGGUAAAAACAAUGAAAUUCAGCAGCUUCAGGAAGAUAAGAAUGAGAUGAGCAAUGAAAUGGAAGAAUUCCGACGAGAAAUUGAUGGUAAAAACAAUGAAAUUCAGCAGCUUCAGGAAGAUAAGAAUGAGAUGAGCAAUGAAAUGGAAGAAUUCCGACGAGAAAUUGAUGCUAAAAACAAUGAAAUUCAGCAGCUUCAGGGAGAUAAGAAUGAGAUGAGCAAUGAAAUGGAAGAAUUCCGACGAGAAAUUGAUGGUAAAAACAAUGAAAUUCAGCAGCUUCUGGGAGAUAAGAAUGAGAUGAGCAAUGAAAUGGAAGAAUUCCGACGAGAAAUUGAUGGUAAAAACAAUGAAAUUCAGCAGCUUCUGGGAGAUAAGAAUGAGUUGAGCAAUGAAUUAGAAGAACUCCGACGAGACAACGCUAACAAGGGUAACGAGAUCCAGCGACUUCGACAAAAUGCCAUGUCACGCUUCACUAUAGAAAGAGGUUCAGUUCAAUUUUCAACCAAUAAUGAAUUAGGACGAGGUGCUUGGGGUGCUGUUUACAAGGGAGACUUUCACGGUACAAAUGUAGCAAUUAAAGAAUACCACAACAUAAUUUUAUCCCCGUUUAACUUGACGAUUCUCCAACGGGAAAUUAACAUCGCAUCUCAAUGUCGCCAUCCGAAUUUACUUCAGUUCAUAUGCGCGUCGAAAGAUGUUAGAGAUCGUCUGUUAAUUGUGACAGAAUUAAUGGAUGUGUCUCUACGUGCAUUUCUUGAACAACAUGCAAAAGAUAGUUCGAGGUUGGAGUUCGAGGUGCUCGGACUGAUAUCUUUGGACGUAGCAUGUGGCCUCAACUACCUUCAUUCCAAACAGCCAAAUCCAUUAGUCCAUCGCGAUAUCAGUAGUGCCAAUGUUUUGUUGUGGAUGGAGAAAAAAAAAGUAAGAAGAGCGAAGAUAUCAGAUUAUGGUUCAGCUAACUUCAUCGAUAUGUGUAACACACCAAAUCCUGGAGCGGUCCUUUACGCUGCCCCUGAAGCAAGUCAAGCCAAACAAGAUCCUAAGAUGGAUGUCUUCAGCUAUGGCAUUCUAGUGUGUGAGAUUUCCAUUUGUGAGCAACCAGAUGUUCAAGAUAGAAGAAAUCAGAAGGAAAGAAUAGUAAACGAUAACGUCAAGCAAUUGGUGAUAAAUUGUACUAGACCAGAUCCGCAAGUCAGGCCAGCAAUGCAGGAAGUAAUUGAAAUUUGGAAACGUCUCUUAGCUGAUAACUUCAAACGGAAAAGUUUUCGCCGAUGA